AUUCAACAAGGGGAAAACUAUUACCAGCUACAGUUGUUUCAUUUCAAGUUUUGUCCAUACAAUGUGAGGAAAAAUGACUGAUACAAGCUCUGACUGGGUGGAGAUCCUGGAGCCCCGCUCCCGAGAGCGCAUGUACGUCAACCUGGCCACGGGGGAGUGCGGCUGGGACCCCCCGGCCAACGUGGCGGUGCGCCAGUCCGACGGCAACCAGUGGUGGGAGCUCUUCGACACCAACAACAACCGCUUCUACUACUACAACUCGGCCAGCCAGCAGACGGUGUGGCACCGGCCGCAGAACUGCGAUAUCGUGCCGCUGGCGCAGCUGCAGGCCAUGAAGCGCAGCUCCGAGUCCGAAAUCCGGGGCCACACCGGCAAGCUGCGCGGCUCCGGCGGUGCGGGAGGGGAGGGCCGGCGCACCCCCCUGCUGGGACCCGGGCCGGGGGCCUACGUCGUACCUCCCCCUCAAGACCCAGACAGCAGUGGGAGAGAGACCCCUUCUAAGGGCAGAGGCGACAGCCUGGACAACAGGAAAGACACUGCCAGGGACUCUGCGCAGAGAUGGCAGCCAGCUCCUGGGUCGAAGGCAGCCAUGUUGGUGAAGGUCAACAGCAUUGGCAGGAACCAGGCAGUGGGACCCGCUAGCGCUCUGCAGCUCCUCCACCACAAGAACAGCAGCGUUGUGAGCUCUCCCGGCAGCCGGCCGUCGGGGGGCUACACGUACGCUGGUCAGGCCGACAAAACCGCCCAUUCCGGAAAGAUGGCCGCGCCCGUGGACUCCAGGCAGGCACUCCACCUGAAGAAGGCGGACAACGGAAACUUCUGCCUGGUGAUGCCCGGCAGUGGCGGCAGCUCCCCUUCUGGCCCCGCCUACCAGACCCCCCACAGGCCACAGGGGGGCGCCUCCCGGCCCUCGUCGCCCCAGUACGGCGCCACGGCACCCAUCUAUGACGAGCCACCCAUGGAGUCGCCCAUCUACGACGAGCCGCCGGUGGAGAUGGAGGUGGAGGGGGCACACCUGCUGAGCCGGGCCUCGCCGUCGCCCGCGCACUUCACCCCCGUGCACAGCAUGCAGAAGCCGGGUCAGCAGCAGCAGCAGCAGCAGCCCAAGCUGCUCCAGUACCCCAGCUCGCACGUCGGCUCCAAGCACAAGAGGAACCCCUCCGCCACCGAGUAUAGCCCCGCUGGCCGGGAGUGCAUCAAGCACAUGGUCAACGUGGACCCCAGCGCCCCCAAGCCAGGCCCGCGCCCGCCCUCGCCGUCACCCUCGCCCACCCAGGCCGCCACGCCCGAGCUGCAGCCUGCCAAGGCGCCGCAGAAGGAGGUCUCCCUAGAGAAGAAGCAGUCGUGGCGGAUCCUGGAGGCCAGCGUGCUGAAGAGCAUGGAGGCGCGGCACAGCCGGCAGAACAGCCUGGCCUCGCAGGAGUACCCGGCCCCGGCCACCGUCACCUACCAGGACUCGGGCUACUCCACAGGGCCCUCACCCAGCCUGCGGCGCAAGAACCGGCGGAGGCAGCUGGCAGGGCAGGGCCGGCCCGGCUCGGUGGGCAGCAGCGGCGAGCUCACCGCCCUCAACGAGAAGCUGAUGGCGGAGAUGCGGGCGGUGGUGGGCCGCUCCAACACGGUGCGCGGCAGCAAGGCCAGCCUGGACACGGAGAUGUCGGAGAACUCCAUCCCCCGCGCGCGCUCCCCUCUGGACUCCCUCAAGAAGUAUGGCGGGCGCGGUGGGGCCGGCGGGGGUGGAGGAUCGCGGGAGGACCUCACCGCCAGCAACCGCUCGCUGUACCGGGCCGGCGCUGACCCGCGGGCGGGCGGCCACGGCGACGUGCCCCUCUCCCCGCUGGCGUCAGAAGGGACGGGCCGGCAGAAGCGCACAUACGAGAAGGUGGACUCCCUCGAGAAAAGUGUCACCAGCCAAAUCAGCCUGUCCUCCCCCGAGCCCCCCAGGUCCCCCUCCCAGGUCGGAACACUGGAAUCCAAGGCCCAGCUGGAAAACGGCUCGCAAGGCGGUGGCAGAGGCAGCACACAAGGAGGCACGCUGGGCUCCCACCAGGGCGGCGCUGGCGGCACGGGGGGAGGCUACCAGUACCCCUACGCCACCCUUUGCAAGCCGCCACCCGACGCCAACAUGGUGGACUGGGCCAGCAAGAACCUGAACAUGCACACGCAGGGCAUCUUCCGCCGGCGCGUCUCCAUCGCCAACAUGCUCUCCUGGAACCGGGGCUCCAUCAAGAAGCCCAUGCUGAUCACCAGCGACCGCGCCGUCAAGAAGGAGGCCUGCGAGAUGUUCAAGCUGGUGCAGGCCUACAUGGGCGACCGGCAGGCGCGCCUGGACCGCCGCCACGUGGCCCUGCUCAUCGUCACCAAGUGCUGGGGCGCGCAGGGCCUGCGCGACGAGCUCUACGUGCAGCUGGUGCGGCAGACCACCGACAACCUGUGCCUCCGCAGCCUGGCGGCUGGCUGGGAGCUCAUGGCCAUCAGCCUGGCCUUCUUCUCGCCCUCGCCCAAGUUCCGCCGCUACCUGGAGGGCUACAUCCAGAGGCACCUGGAGCCGGCCAACGACAAGAAAAGUGAGUCUGAGGAACAUGUAAUGCAACACAUAAUGGAACAACAGGACAUGAAGAACAAGAAGAAUUCAAAGUCCAGGAAGAAGAGGAAACAGAACAAUGAAGAGGAAGAAGAAGAGGGGUUGCCGAUCAGCACAUAUGCGAAAUACUGCUACCGCAAGCUGCAGAAGGUGGCCGUCACCGGGGGCAAAAAGGGCCUGCGGAAGCCCACCCUGGAGGAGAUCGACCACGGCAGGAACGCCAUCGUGACGCCCUCGCUGUUCGGCAGCGCCCUGGAGGAAAUCAUGGAGCGGCAGCACGAGCUCUUCCCCGACAGGAAGCUGCCCUGGGUGCAGGUGCAGCUGUCGCAGUGCGUGCUGGCGCUGGGCGGGGCACAGACGGAGGGCAUCUUCAGAGUUCCUGGAGACAUUGAUGAGGUGAAUGCACUAAAACUGCAGGUGGAUCAGUGGAAAAUUCCAGAAAACCUGUCCGAUCCCAACGUCCCAGCCUCCCUGCUGAAGCUGUGGUACCGCGAGCUGGAGGAGCCGGUCAUCCCCCAGAGCUUCUACAGGCAGUGCAUCAGCAACUAUGAGGACCCGGAGGCGGCCAUCGGGGUGGUGCAGUCCCUGCCCGAGCUCAGCCGGCUGGUGCUCUGUUACUUCAUCCACUUCCUGCAGGUGUUUGCCCAACCAGUCAACGUAAGCAAAACUAAGAUGGACGUCAACAACCUUGCCAUGGUGAUGGCGCCCAACUGCCUGCGCUGCCAGUCGGACGACCCGCGGGUCAUCUUUGAGAACACGCGCAAGGAGAUGUCCUUCCUGCGCAUGCUCAUCGUGCACCUGGACACCAGCUUCGUCAAGGGCAUCGUGUGAGAGGGGGCACCCCCUCCCCUUCCCUUCAUCCCCACACGUCCCCCUGCACUGCGUUUGGCCCCCACCCCCGUCCCGUCCGAAACCCUCACGCUCUCUCUGCCUCCAUCUCCGCUCCUGCGCUCUGGAGUCCUGGAAGCCGUGCACAUUUACUGGAUUUCGCUCAUUCACUUUGUUCGCGUUCUUUACUGUUUUUUUUUUUUGACCCAGGGAACCGUCAGUGAGACAACGCAUGCCGUCAUCUCCCAGGUCACCUCCUGACGUCCACAAACACUGGACUGUGCUGUUGAAACUCAUGAUCUGAAUUGUAUUGUGAACAGACAAUAAUGCACGAGCAGUGAGAAAAGCAAAUCAGUUUUUUUUUUUUUUUGUUUUUUAAGAUGCUCAGCUAAUAUCUAUUUUACAUCAGUUUUUCUGUGGUAGUCGUGUGAACGGCAUCCGAACAGCAACUGGCAUACAUCAUGGAGUGACUGUAGUAUAACCAUUUUGUGUUGGUAUUUUUUUUUUUUCAGACCAUGUAUGAAAGCAGUGAUUCUCUUUUUAUUCUAAUUUAAUUGGGAUUGGUUUGGUUUUAUUUAAUUUGACUUCUGGGCAAACCGAGCUGGACAAAUGGCAUGGAUGUGCCUGUGACCGGCUCAAGGAGACUCACCUGAGGGAAAGGCUGAGCAGCGGCCUGGUGUUCCUCAGGGCACCUCUGGGGGAACCCUUUAUUUCUAUCCAUUACCACUACUACAGGAAAGCUAUUGACUGGACCCUUUGACCACUGACUUCAGCCAGACUGAAGACCACGAUGGUGUGUGUGGUGGAGACAGCAGUUAUGUACACAUGUGUACACCAGCCAAAGUCACAAGGAAGACCAUGCAGUUUACCUUAGUUUUAUGUGAAAGGCAGAGACAUUUGAUUCUGAAAACUGAAAACUGUUUUUGCUUAAGACAAAUGCAGCGGAAUGGGUGGCUGUGGGGGCUGGGGUGCACCAUAGGCUUUUUAUAUUUUCCAGAGGCCCUGUUUGCAAAGCACACACAGGAAAACAAUUAUACCUUUGAAGGCGCUCGUAAAAAUGCUAAUUUUAGAUAUUAGCAGUCAGGCAAAAGGAAUGUAACAGAAUGUGAGAGAGCUCUGUCCUCAAGGAGAGCUACAACUGUGAAUAUAGGAGCUAUUCAACCAAAAGUCAAGUCGAAAUGGUCCAUCUCUGAAUGGGAUGGCACAUUAGUGCUAGCCUAGAAGGAAGACCAAAAAUUCAUAUAUUUUUUGAUUGAUAUUUUUAGAAGUUAUUGCGUACAUGGCAGGGUCUUACUUAAAAAAAAAAAAAACCUUUUGCCUCAAAAAUGUUGAUCAUUUGAAAUUCAUAUUUCAGCUGUUUUGUCAAGGGCCUGGCUGGCUGCUCCCCAAAUGUCUCUGUUAUAUUUAGCUGUGUGGUCAGGGUUGGGGUUUUAGCGCCUCAUAUGUUUUCCCUGUCUGUUUCCCUCCAGUAUUGAGGGAGGUGGGGGGUGCGGCGUUUGCUCACACUCCCCUCUCUUCUCUCUGUGGUACACCCUCACAUUUCUACAUCAGCACACAGUGACUCUGAGCAUUUCAUUGUACGUUUAGUUCCUACUUGUGUUUGUGUGCACAUGCAUAGUCCUCUCAGUCCUUGGAAGCUGGAAACCCUAAAUUAGAGGGUGUGUUAUGCCAGAAAAUGUAUUUUGAGGUUAGUUUGUUGGUAACCCUUUUCCAUGGCAUCUUUUCCAGUGGCUGUUUCCAUCCGGUGCUCUUUUAUUUAACAUAAAGAGCCCCCUCUCGAUAACCACAUCGGACAGACUGCCUGUCUUCCCAACAAUACACACCCUGCUAAAAGCCCUGAGUGAAAUGGGCAGGGUCCGGAAUGCAUGUGGAAUGGGACUGUGGCAUUGCAUGCCUGUCACCAAGUUGUGACAAAGCUGCAAAUCUCAUGACAGAAUUGGGAGGAUCAGUGAGGUCUCUGCUGUCCUGAAAGACAAGCUAUCUUUCCUUCUACUAACCUCAUUAACUUUACUAAGGUUUGGGUUCAGUAUAGGGAGAGAUUGCUUUCACAUUGCAAUAUGAAGGACCAGAUUUGGGUCCAGAUACCAGAAGUCCCACCCACUCUCCCCACACACCCUCUUAUUGGUCAAAUUGUCUGUGCUAUGUUGAAGUUUUACUGUUAACUGAUUCUUGUGUGAAUGGACUCCAGUCAACAUAGCAGGAAGUUGCUCAGAAACUGACACACACUUCCAAAACCCGGGUUUACCUCAGAACACUCUCGGGAGGUAAACAAGAGGCCGGUCUUCCUGAGUUUCACUGAUGUAAAUAUCACCUGUGAAUAGUAAGGUCUUAAUUACUGUAUUUUAAAAUCCACAAGGAAAAGGUGUCUCACCCUGUUGUUAAAAAAGACAGAAGCUGUUGUUUGGAUCUAACUUUGUUUCUUUGCCACUGACUGCCUGUUAUCAACGCAUUCUUUGUGUUUUCUCACUGUGUAAUUCUCUUCCCCUCUGGAAUGAUUGUUCAUACUGUCUGUUGAAAAAGUGAACUGUAUUUCUUUAAACUGUACCUUACUACAGUUACCUAGCAACAAGUCUCCCUCCCUUAUUGCACUUAGCUUCUCCUUUUCUGUACUUGCUGCUGUUUCCUAUAUAUGGAUGCUGUUCGCUCUUGUUGUAAAUGCCUCUGCAAGUUUUUGAUAUGUUGUGUGUGCGCGUGUAUGAAAAGACACCUAGUGACAGUUGA